GCUAACUAAGAACACCAACUAUUUAUGCGAGAGACACUAGCCCUCGAACUUGCCGAGGAUGUCCGACGCCCUCAGGAGGUGGAACUCCUCCUCGCCGAUGUUGACGGCCGUCGCGCCGUACUCGGGCAGCAGCACGGAGUCGCCGACGGCGACCUCCAUGGGGAUGAGCUUCCCGCUCUCGUCGGUCGCUCCCGGGCCGACGGCGACGACGUCGGCCUCGUUCACCUUCUGUUCCGUCGGCAGGUAGAUGCCGCCGGCGGUCUGCGUCUUGUGCUCGACGCGCUUCACGAGGACGCGGUCGGCGAUGGGCACGAGCCGCCGGGCCGUCGAGAAGAGGCGCGCCUGCGUUCGUGUGUGCGUUACGACGACGGUGUGCGGUGCGGUUUCGCAUCGACGCUUUGUUGUGUGUGCAGCAGUGCAAAAGCGAUGCCACGGUGCGUCGUGCGUGCACAGCCACCAUCGCUCCGCGCGCCGCGACCACGACAGAGAGUGGUGACCACACCAGGCAGUGUGUGAGUGCCAGCGGCCAGCGGCGUUGUGCGCAUAUGACGGAUUGGUAUGUGUCUUCGAUUCAUACGCUGUCGUUAUGCCGCCAUGUUGAUUCGUGCGAUUGUUACUGCCACUGAAACUGCGCCUCGCCGUGAGAGCUCGACGGCCUGCGG